CGCAGAUUUGACAAUAAGAAACAAAUUGAUACUUCAGAUUGUUUGGGAAACGGUCAGCUGCCAGGGACUUUGUCUUCGCGUUAAGAAGCUAUUAGAGAAGGUAUGGGAAGUUUUUAACCCGAGGCAAGAAUAUUUCUAAAUUUUAAUUCAGUGUGGUUCUAUAAAGUUCUCUUAAUAAACUUGAAGUACAAUUGAUCUACACGUGCAGGUUCCAUAUAUCUCUCUCUGAGGAUAACUGUAUGUGCUAUUCUCUAUUGGAGGUUCUCCCGGUCUCCAUCUGCGCCUGAAUGAAAGCAGCGAAGUGAAAACCAAUACGGAUAUAGUGAACUGGUUACCUCUAUAUCAGCUUCAUUAUUGAUAGGGAGUUUAAGCAGAGAACAUGGCACGUUAUUCAGCCCGAGAAAAAGAUAGGAAAUGGCAGUGAAUACGAUAAUUUUGGAUUAUAUUCUGGAUUAACAGUUAAGGAUAGUACAAGUUAAAGAGAACGUUGACAGAUAGAAACAAAGUAGUUAGAAAAACGUCAACUUUGGAGUACAAACUUUCUGACGUUUACAAAUAAACAAAAACAACUUGAUAUAUUACAAAGUUAACACGAUGGAGUUUAAUACAGCAAAACUGCUCAUGUUGGUGACAUUGGCAUAUUACGCAGAUGCUACGUGUACCUUCCCCGAGAGUUGGCGAGGCCGAUGGCGAAUGCAUACACAAGUAGUGGAUAUCACAGAGGAAUCGUGGACGGUGGCGUCUGAGCUGGAAGCAACAUGCUUGGAGCAGAAAAACUCAUAUUAUCUACUGAAGGAGGAACGAGAAGGAACGCCACCUUGCUGGAAAUGCCUUCACAUAACACCCAGACAUACCAACAUUUUGCAGUAUAAAGCUAGUUUUUGUGAACCAAACCCUAGUACCUUCAACCACUUAUGCUAUCAAAAGGUCGACACGUAUAGUGUUCUAACGACAAUGGUUAGAGAAAACGGUGAAACAGUUCCGUGUCCAUUCCAUGGUGCUUUCAAGUUUAGCUACAUGAACCUUUCCGGGGAAUGUGGCGAUCCAAUGUCUUCUAUGACGGCAUGUGCGAAGACAUCUAUGUUUGAAAUGAACUUCAAAAGGUGCAAUGGAAUCCCAGAUUCAUACGAAAGAGAGACACAUCUGCAUUGUUUGGCAACGUGGAAAGAUGGCGAUGAUUACAUGUACGCAAAGAUUGUAGGGGACGGAUUCACAGACCCUAACUUACAGCACAGAUGUUUCAGAUACAAUAAGCAGAUGGGGUCUAGUAAUGUCAAGCUGGCUAUGUCUGCGGAUGCUACCUGUUAUUCGAUGAACGACCCUUCAGACUUAUACAUGGAGGAGAGAGAGUUCACGUUGACCAGAGAUCCCUUCAAAUGGCCAACAUCUGAAUGCUCAUUUCCAACAUGGGCAACGAAGCGAGCAUGGAAGUCACUGUCAGGCAAACAUAUAUUGAAGGCCGACGAGGAGCGCCAGAACUUCAGGGUUCAUCUGAGGACCGCUUCGGGCAGACGUGGGGAUGUUCAGGGCUUGCUCAGAUGCGUGGAGAAAUACCAAGCUAGAAACAAUGAUAAGAUGUUCACCUUUGUCGGUUAUGCGGUCUCUGGAUGCACAACGCAAUUCCAAUGUAUUCGACUACACAAACGGAGCAAACACGUCCUAGAGGUGCAAAAGGGCCGACUAUACGAGAGCAAAGACCAUGCUGUGGGGGAAUGCCAAGAUUUCCAAGCUAUUGAUACCGAAAUAUUAUAUGUUGCUCCUCCCAACGGAUCAGUGUGUCCAUUCAGUGGACAGUUCAGAGGGGCGAGCAGCCAGUGUUCCGCCCUCGUGAAGAGCACAUGUACUGGGCGUAACCAAAUACAAAUACAAACUAAGUGUGGCCCGCACAAUGCAGCUUUAGGCAAAGAUUUAACGUGUCUCACAAGUUGGUCACAUCGAGGGUCAUCAUAUAUAAUUGCUAAAUCUAAAGAUUCUUCAUCUGAUGCGGCUAAUUGUUUUGUAUUCAGAAAUCAUAGCAACAGUUUAGAAUUCACAACCGAUAGAAUCUGUAAUUCCGAUGCCUCACAUAUAUUUGGUAUCCCUCUAAAAUAUACACUCACCCCGCAGGCUGGAUCCUGCGUGAAUUAUAUAACUAAAAAUACGGAGCCACCUCCUGGUCCCAUUAAAGAAGAAAACAUUGAUAGAAUAGUGUAUACUAAACCAGACAGCCAUUCUGAUUCAAAUAGCUCAGCUGGAUCUCAGAGACAUCUAUUAGACAGUUUAGUAGUUAUUUCAGUAUUAAUCCUUUCACGUUUGCUAAUCUGUCGAAGGUAG